CACCCACCUGCACACACUCAGUCCUCCCGCUCGGCUACCAGCGCACCGUCGUCCACCUUGCAUUUCUGCAUCCUGCUUCUCACAACCUCGUUGCUCUUUGCUCCAGAUCUCCAUUGAAUCUUUUUGUGCCGUCAUAUUCUCAUCAGCCGUUGUUGACAUGGCUUAAUGCGCGUCAAUUCGUUGUGCUGCUGAGUCUGAUUUUGCUUGAGCAGUUUGGUAUGUCAAUGCACCCGCUAUCAUAUCUAUUCUACCGUGCCCGCCCGCCAGAGGAGAAUACCUCAGCAGCUGGCCCAAAGAGCCUGCCCUGGACACCUUCAACCACAUCCCCGGUCUUGCUGCAUGUUGGAUGUACCUGCAUGUUUCAAGUCACCACUCUUUGAGGCACCGUCACUAAUUCUUCAAUGUUAUAGUUCGUACUCCAUUGAGCCGACGACUGACUUUAGUGCCGCAACUUGCGCCCAAGGCUCAGCGAAAUUUCACGACUCUGGCGGCUUAUCGAGGCGUCCGACCUUGACUCACGAGCUUCUGCUGUGUGUGCAGAGUCCGUCUGAGUACCCGAGCAGUUUGGUCUUCUUGGUUGAAAAAUCAGCUGUUUGUGUAACUCACGGUCGAGACGAGUGGAAAAAAAGGUCUACUUGCAAGAGAAGAACAAAGUCUUGUGUGAGCUACGUUGGCUUGUUGGCUAUCGUCGCUAGGUUUCUCGAUUGACACUGUCGGGCAAAACCUGUAGUUGAGGGUGACGGUCUUCGAUCGGUUGAGUUGAGUCUCGAUACUUCAGCAGGAGGAGCGAGUCAGAUCGCUACUCAUACCAAAUUACCAGUGGUUUGUCUAGCCCUGGCUCUUAAGUCGAAACAGCCCUACGAAGGAAGCAGUAGCACCGGGCUCCCGCAGGGUGGUAUCGUGCUUUGCUUGUACCUAAGUCGCGGACAUACUGUUGAGUAUCCCAGCUGUCCUGCGUAUAAAGGUCCAAGAUGAAUCAGACUCAACCCUAUAUGGAUAUGCAUCCGGGCUCUCACAUAUCUUCCGGGCCAUCCUACUCGCAUUCUGCGACAGCUCCCAUGGGUCAUUAUCAACCCUACCAGCAGCCGCCGAUACUGCCUCCUGCUUCUACGCAUUAUCCACAUCCCCAAGCGUACAACAGCUAUGGUUAUGCAAAUGGUGUCACUUCUCCCCAAUCUGCGACAGGUCCCGUUGGUCAACCCGUGCAAAGUCAGAUUCCUUCUCUCCCGACUAUGAUGACUGGACCGGGUCCUCAGCAUUCUUACGUGCCUCAGACGCCAUCGCUGCCUGCUCCGAACCAAGGUUAUGCUACUCAGCAACCGCAGCCAUUUGACACGACUGGCCAGGUUGCUCCGCCUGGCAUGAAACCACGAGUCACGGCAACAUUGUGGGAAGAUGAGGGGAGUCUAUGUUUCCAGGUUGAGGCCAAAGGAGUUUGCGUGGCCCGUCGAGAAGAUAACCAUUUCAUCAAUGGCACAAAACUUUUGAAUGUGGCUGGCAUGACCCGGGGCCGCCGAGAUGGAAUCUUGAAAUCUGAGAAAACUCGCCAUGUGGUGAAGAUCGGGCCUAUGCAUCUGAAGGGCGUCUGGAUCCCAUUUGAACGUGCUCUGGAUUUCGCGAACAAAGAAAAGAUCACCGAUCUUUUGUAUCCCUUGUUUGUUCACAACAUUGGAGGCUUGCUGUAUAACCCAGAGAACACUCCUCGAGCAAACGCAUUGGCACAUGGAUCCACAGACCGACGUCGUAUUGACAGCCUCGACUCGACACGCCCUCUACCGUCUGUACAGACACCGUCUCUCCAGCACCACAACACAAUGCCGGCAGGUGGUCAAGCUCCGCCCACGCCUCAAUCCAUCAUCCCGCACCCCAACGCUGGCCGCCCAGGAAUUGAUCGAGCUCAUACCUUCCCAACUCCUCCGACUAGUGCAUCGAGUGUGAUGGGUAUGAGCAACCAAGGGAAUUCAUAUGAUUGGGGUAACCAGCAAAUGCCUAAUGGUACAAGCAGCGCCCAAGCGUUGUCCAUCGACACGGGGAUUAAUGCUCGGUCGAUGCCGACCACGCCUGCCACCACUCCACCCGGGACUGGCGGCCAGGGUAUGCCACCAUAUCAGGGCCAGUCGGGCUAUGAUUCAAAGCAUUAUUACAGUACGACUCCGAGUUCUCAGACCGGAUAUGCGCAACAGCCUGAUGGUACUCGUUAUGGUCAAGGCAUGCAAUCUGGCCCGUAUGGGAAAGGCGACAUGGGCCCACCUUUGGGACCUGGGAAUGCUAGCGGGGGAAGUGAUGUUCGCGACAACAAGGCUGAUGCGUACGCCCCACCUGGUCAUGGCUCUCAACAUGAAAAUGAUCACCCAGACAGUGGGUAUAUGAGUGCGAAUGCCUCUGCAUAUAAUUCAACCCGUGGUCAGUAUGCCUACGGUGCUGGUGACCAUGCCCAUUUGUCUCCAGAGCAGAUAUCAGGGUCUCCACCACAUCAAACAAGCUCAGGACACGCAACCCCUCGAACUAUGCCUUCUGGUCAACCCCAGUGGCCUGCAGAUUAUCAUACUCCACCUCGCGCCCCAAAUACAAGUACUGUCUAUAAUGUUAUGGGUCAUGAUCGAACACCACAAACAGGCCCGACUGAUUCUUAUGGAAACCCCGCAUACUCAAGUGGACAUUCUACUGGAUUGACUUCUGCGAAGCGCGGAAGAGAGGACGAUGAGCAAGAUCGACCUGGAAGUCGUCAAUAUGACAACUACGAUGCCAAACGACGCAAGAUGGGCCCUCAGGAGACGUUCGGGAUGCCCCUUCAACCGCCUCCACACAUGCAAGCCAUCAAGACUGGUGGCCAGCGAUGAGACACUUAGAAUGCCUCGCCAAGCGAAGCUUUUCAAUACAGUGGUUCCACGGCCACCAACCCGAGGCUCGAGAAGUUUGAUGGCGGUGCCGCCUACAUAAUGCCUCAUCACGACAUGAUUGGAAAAGCAAUAACGAAAGUUUACGACGGCCCAUGAGCCAAAAAAAAGAUCAAGACUUUGACGAACGGAACAACAAGCGUGCAUUGUAUGCUUCCCGAAACUCUAACGAAUUUACGACAUGAUUUCCUAUCGAAAGCGAUUUUGACCUGGCGAAAAUUAUGACCUGUUACUUUGUUUGCGGCCUGUAAUGGGUCGCACCACUGGUUUAGAUGAUGCUCAGAUCUUUUCUUUUUGUGUAUGAGGGAAUGAUAUAUGUGCGGAUGGAUUAUGAUUGGGAUGAAAACGGCUACGAUUCUCCGGCGCCAUUGAUGUCUUCUUGGCUGCGGGAUUCGAGAGCAAGAACACACGCGGGAAGGUUGAACCUUGCUAAUGACUUAUUGCUCCUGGAAACAGUCCACCUGAGCUUUUGCAUGUAGAAGACGAGAGGAUUUUUCCAGUAGCGAGCAGAAGUUGGGCGGCAGGGAUGAAAAAGGUGGCUCUCGUUUCCCUAAUCGUGAAAUCUUCCGUUGAUGACAUGUCAUAUACAAUAAAAGCAUAACUUAUAAUCUACCUGUGG